CUGAUUGGCUGAGAGGCGUUCGGGAAGGAGGUGGGGAUACCUAAGGGGUAGGUACGCCAUUUUUACUAGCGUAACACGGCAGCGACAGAGACAUUGGGCGAUUAUUACUAUAUCGUGUUUGAAUACAUUUUUUUUGUGGUAACAUGAAAACCUAUAAGCAAAGAGAGAAGCAGGGAAAUAAAACUCAGGAGAGUGCAAAAGCUCCAGAUGAAGCAAAAAUAAAGGCACUACUGGAGAGGACAGGAUAUACUUUAGAUGUAACCACAGGACAAAGGAAGUAUGGAGGACCUCCUCCAGAAUCUGUCUCCGCCUGUGCUCAGCCUGGGAUUGGGACCGAGGUUUUUGUUGGUAAAAUACCAAGGGACUUGUAUGAAGAUGAGCUUGUACCACUCUUUGAAAAAGCUGGUCCUAUAUGGGACCUCCGUCUUAUGAUGGAUCCUCUCUCUGGCCAAAAUAGGGGCUAUUCAUUUAUUACAUUCUGCAACAAGGAGGCAGCACAAGAAGCUGUAAAACUGUGUGACAACUAUGAAAUCCGCCCAGGCAAACAUAUUGGAGUCUGCAUUUCUGUAGCUAACAACAGGUUGUUUGUUGGGUCCAUACCCAAAAAUAAAACCAAGGAAAAUAUCCUGGAGGAGUUCAGUAAGGUUACAGAGGGCUUGGUAGAUGUCAUCCUUUACCACCAGCCCGACGAUAAGAAAAAGAACCGUGGCUUCUGUUUCCUGGAGUAUGAGGAUCACAAAACUGCAGCUCAGGCUCGCCGCCGUCUGAUGAGCGGUAAAGUGAAGGUUUGGGGAAAUGUAGUUACGGUGGAGUGGGCAGAUCCAGUAGAGGAGCCAGAUCCUGAAAUCAUGGCAAAGGUCAAAGUUUUAUUUGUAAGAAACCUGUCCUCCACAGUUACUGAAGAAAUACUAGAGAAGUCUUUCUCUGUAUUUGGAAAGCUUGAGCGUGUGAAGAAGUUGAAAGAUUAUGCUUUUGUUCAUUUUGAGGAUCGUGAUGCUGCAGUUAAGGCAAUGGAUGAAAUGAAUGGGACUGAUUUAGAGGGUGAAGAUAUUGAAAUAGUCUUAGCAAAGCCCCCUGAUAAGAAGAGGAAAGAGCGUCAAGCAGCAAGGCAUGCCUCCCGUGGCUCUUCGUAUGAUGAUUAUUACUAUUACCCUCCACCUCGUAUGCCCCCUCCAGGUAGGGGCAGAGGGCGUGGGGGCAGAGGAGGGUAUCCCUAUCCCCAAGAUUAUUAUGGAUAUGAAGAUUAUUAUGAUGAUUACUACGCAUAUGACUACCAUGAUUACCGUGGAGGUUAUGAUGAUCCAUACUAUGGUUAUGACGAUGGGUAUCCUGUAAGAGGAAGAGGUGGGCGGGGUGGACGAGGUGCUCCUCCACCGCCUAGAGGCAGAGCCGCUCCUCCUCAGCGGGGCGGACGCUCAACUUAUGCCCCCAGAGGAUCACCUAUGGGCCCACCACGAGGAUCGAGAGGUGGUCGAGGAGGACCUUCACAACAGCGAGGUCGUAGUUCACGGGGCAACAGAGGUAACAGAGGUGGAAAUGUUGGUGGAAAGAGAAAAGCGGAUGGUUAUAAUCAGCCAGAUUCCAAACGUCGUCAGACAAACAAUCAGCAGAAUUGGGGGACCCAGCCCAUUGCCCAGCAACCACUGCAACAAGGCGGUGAUUACACUGGUAACUAUGGUUACAGUAAUGACAACCAGGAGUUUUAUCAAGAUUCUUAUGGGCAGCAGUGGAAGUAGGCAGUGUUACAAGUUUUCAUUUGUCAAACACCUACGUAAACACAUCCCUCGUUAGCAAUUACGUGUAAUUUGUAGUAAAUGCAUCACUAUACUGUGUGUGUGUGUGUGUAUAUAUAAUGUGUAUGUAUAUAUAUAUAUAUAUAUAUAUAUAUAUAUAUAUGUAUAUAUAUAUAUGUAUGUGUGUGUAUAUAUAUAUAUAAUUUGAAUUUUUUUGUUAGUCUGCAUCCUUACAGUAUUCUCUGGUAAGAUAAUGCAUUUUAAGAAAUGCGCCCUUUGUACUUUAAAGGACUAAGUACUAUAGGGCAGGUGCUGAGGAAAGAACUCCCUUUGUGUUAGGGAGUUUAUUUUUCUACUAAUAACCCCCCCCCCCCCCCCCCCCCCCCACCCUGUGAUGUUUUAACUGCAUCCUUUUCAACAUGAAGUCUUUGUUGUGGCAUUAUGUUCAGGCGGACUGCAUCACUAGGGUUUAACCGUCCUUUUUUCCUGAACACAUUUGUUUGUUAGUGGCCACCUGAUCCAGAAUACUGGUAAAUACCUGUGUUUUUAUUGGUUUUUAGGAUUUUUUUUUUUGUUUUUGUGGGUUUCUUAAGAUGUCCAGGGACAAAGUUUAAUCAUGAAUUUUGUGUUUUUCACCAUUUAUUCCUUGGAUGUGGUGUAUUUGUUAUAGGAUUAAGCUGUACAUAAACUAAAAUGCUAGUUCUGUCUUUAAUAGUUUUAAAAAUCUAUGAAAGUUUUAAAGUUUCUUGUAUUAAGUAAUGACUGUAUGUUUUGCAUUCCUAGAAAUAGGUUAACUGUAUAUUAUUAUUAUUAUUAUUUUUUUUUAAAUUAAUGGUUUCACUUUUUUGAAGAAAGACUGCCCUACAAAUUUGUUUGGCUUGGAUGCCGGAAGCAUAAACAAAUUGUUCUGUGACUGUAUUUCCAGUUUUCUUGUUUAUGUACAAUUUCAAUAAAACUCCAAAAAAACAAACAAAAAAAAAACAAAAAAAAACUUCUGCAAACAACCUCACCUAUUUCAAAUCACGGUUGUAUACUAUUAAACAAUCAAAAGAUAAACAAAAAAAA